GCCGGGGAUGAGCUGCCUGCGGUGAGAGUGUCGCUUCGGCCCCCGCCAGGCCGCCCUGCCAGCCGCGAUCAUGUCCAUCCACAUCGUGGCGCUGGGGAACGAGGGCGACACGUUCCACCAGGAUAACCGGCCGUCGGGGCUCAUCCGCACCUACCUGGGGAGAAGCCCGCUGGUUUCGGGGGACGAGAGCAGCUUGUUGCUGAACGCGGCCAGCACGGUGGCGCGCCCGGUGUUCACCGAGUACCAGGCCAGUGCAUUCGGGAACGUCAAGCUGGUGGUGCACGACUGUCCCGUCUGGGACAUUUUUGACAGUGAUUGGUACACCUCCCGAAACCUAAUUGGAGGUGCUGACAUCGUUGUGAUAAAAUACAAUGUAAAUGACAAGUUUUCAUUCCACGAAGUAAAGGAUAAUUAUAUUCCAGUGAUUAAAAGAGCAUCAAACUCAGUUCCAGUGAUCAUUGCAGCUGUUGGGACCAGGCAACAUGAAGAAUUACCUUGUACAUGCCCCCUGUGUACCUCAGACCGAGGGAGCUGUGUUAGUACCACAGAAGGGAUCCAACUUGCCAAAGAACUGGGAGCCACCUACCUGGAGCUGCACAGCCUUGAUGACUUCUACAUCGGAAAGUAUUUCGGAGGAGUGUUGGAGUAUUUUAUGAUUCAAGCCUUAAAUCAGAAGACAAGUGAUAAAAUGAGGAAAAGGAAAAUGACCAACUCCUUUCACGGUAUUAGACCACCUCAACUUGAACAGCCAGAAAAGAUGCCUGUCUUGAAAGCUGAAGCAUCGCACUACCACUCCGACCUGAACAACUUGCUGUCCUGCUGCCAGUGUGUGGACGUGGUGUUUUAUCACCCGGAAGUGCCGGGUGCCGUGCAGGCCCACAAGAUUGUUCUCUGCGCUGUGAGCCAUGUGUUCAUGCUGCUGUUCAAUGUGAAGAGUCCUACUGACAUUCAGGAUUCCAGUAUCGUCCGAAUGACCCAGGACCUCUUUGCCAUCAACAGAGAUGCUGUGUUUCCAGGUGCUAGCCAGGAAUCUUGCAGCAACCCGCCGCUGCGAGUCAUUGUGAAGGAUGCGCUCUUCUGCUCGUGCUUGUCCUAUAUUCUGCGCUUCAUUUAUUCAGGUGCUUUUCAGUGGGAAGAGCUGGAAGAAGACAUCAGGAGGAGGCUGAACGACUCGGGGGAUGUUUGCGAUGUGAUCGAGAAAGUUAAAUGCCUUUUAAAAACACCAGGAAAGAUCAGUUGCCUGAGGAAUUGCAAGACCUACCAAGCCAGAAAGCCUCUGUGGUUCUAUAAUACGUCACUCAAGUUUUUCCUCAAUAAACCAAUGCUUGCCGAUGUUGUCUUCGAAAUACAAGGAACAGCUGUGCCAGCCCACAGGGCCAUCUUGGUGGCACGAUGUGAAGUGAUGGCGGCCAUGUUUAAUGGUAAUUACAUGGAAGCCAAGAGUGUCCUGAUUCCAGUGUAUGGCGUUUCCAAAGAGACUUUCUUGUCAUUUUUAGAAUACUUAUACACAGACUCUUGUUGCCCAGCUGGCAUUUUCCAGGCCAUGUGUCUCCUCAUCUGUGCUGAGAUGUACCAGGUCUCCAGACUGCAGCACAUCUGUGAGCUGUCCAUCAUCACACAGCUGCAGAGCAUGCCCAGCAGGGAGCUGGCGUCCAUGAACCUUGACAUUGUGGAUCUGCUCAAAAAGGCCAAGUUUCACCACUCUGACUGCCUUUCAACCUGGCUGCUUCACUUCAUCGCCACCAACUACCUCAUAUUCAGCCAGAAGCCUGAAUUUCAAGAUCUUUCAGGGUCUCACUCUGUAGCCAUGGCUGUCCUGGAACUCACCGUGUUAACCAAGCUGGUUUGGAGCUCACAAAAACUGCCUGCCUCUUCUCCCCAAGUUCUGGGAUUAAAGGCGUAUGCCACCACAUGCUGUUUGGAGUUCUGUCAUUACAAUGCCACGUCAUUCACCUUUGCUUCCUCAUGAAACAAUGAACUGACUCCCCUGACCAGGCAGCUUUUUUACUGUCAUUUAGAUCGUACAACUAGGGCCUUGUUAAUCCACGUGCCCAUGAAGCUGAACAGCAGGUGGAGGAAUCAAACAGAAGGGAGGGAUUCCCAGACCCAUAAAUGUUUAAAGUACUAGGUGUGCCUGAGGCAGGAUGAAGCCUGGGGUUGCAACAGUGAAAUUCUUAAAUGCUGACUAAAGAGGGGUCUCCCUACCAGUGCAGGCAACGUUUAUAGGAAAUGGGAAGCUCAGAAAUUCAAGCCCAACAAGUCAUAGAUUUGUAGACUCUGGGUGGAGCUAAGCUUAGGGUGAGGGCCGGACUGGUCAGGUUUCUAUGGAAGUGAAUCCAGAGUGCAUGGUGUACAGGGGGCUAGAGGAGCCCGAAGACCAGGAACUCGCAGUACAGUAGACUACGGAGCAGGGAAUACCAUGGGGAGUGAGUAGGUUAGCUGGUGCAUGACUGGAGGGGAAGAGUCAGGGCGAGUUUAUAGAGUGUGGAAGGUCAGCUUAUCCACAAAGAAAAAUGGAUUUGUUAUCUCCAGUGAAAGCAAACAUUGUAUUGAAGGAGAAAAGUUUGGAAGCAGCCAAAUACCACCUGCGGGAGCAGUGUACGUCAGCACUAACCGCAUAGUGCUGUAAAUCCUGAUGGCUGCUUUUAUCCAGAUUCUGACUGAUUCUGGAAGGGUGGGGGAUAUAAGGGUGCUCUGUCACUUAACAAUCAAAUGUUUGUAUUUCAUCUUGACAGAAUAAAUAAAUAAAAUAUAUGUAAUUAACUUU